AACUUAAUAAACAUCAUAAUUUAACUGUUUGUUUUGAGUGUCUAUCGGCGGCUAUCAGCUCAACCCAAAAGCUAAACCAACACCCCCGUAGUAUCCUGAUUCUGGCUGGCAACCCAAGCUCUUUGGUCUUUAGCCCUGUUCCUGUUAUUGGUUGUUUGGAUUAGUCUCUUCACUGAAAACACCAUAGAGCUCACCAUCGAUUCUCAUCAAGUGAGGGCCGAGUCAUCUGAUUGAAUUUGGCGAGUGAAGGAGGAAGAGAUGUCGUUUAAGUUGAGGAGCGUGAAGGUGCCGGCGAACUCGGCGAGUCUGGAAGAGGCAAGGGCUCGGGUCUUCGAUUUCUUCAGAACGGCCUGCAGAUCCAUUCCCCAAAUCAUGGACAUCUACAACCUACAGGACGUCGUCACAGUGUCCCAGCUCCGCUCCACCAUCGCCUCUGAGAUCCACAAGAACUCUAGUAUCACCAAUUCCAAGGUAAUUGAUUUGCUUCUCUUCAAAGGAAUGGAAGAGCUGAGUAACAUUACAGAGCAUGCAAAGCAGCGUCAUCAUGUUAUUGGCCAAUAUGUAGUGGGUCAAUAAGGUCUUGUGCAGGAUUUGGAUACCAAGGAUCAAGGCAUCUCUGAUUUCCUCAAGAACUUCUACAAGAGCAACUACUUUUGAACUUCAAUGUUUUGUGGAUGUACCUCUCAAGUUUCCCUUUUGAGUUUAGAUUUCCCAGAUAUAAUAAACUACUAUCUGUGAAUCUUCUGAUGGAUGAAGCCACUUGGCUCGAACCAAGUUAUCACUUUCUCAUUUAUGAUUUCCUGUUAGAUUUCAUAAAUCAAGAAAUGGGUCUUUUAUUUUGGUGGAAGAA